UCAGGAUUUCAGAUUGAAGUGCAUCGAAUUGUUUACAGGAAAGCGACUUGAUACGGAUAAUGGGGCCUAGCAAAGAGAACAAAUCGUUACUAUGGCUUUUUCUUCUUACAUAUUUACUACCAUGCAACUGCGAGGUACCCGUUGUACAGGAUUGGCCCAGUUCCAUCACCAUUUCUGAGGAUGUCCCUGUCGGUUCUGUUUUGUUUAACUUCACCGUAAAAAGCGGAACUUUCAAUGAAGAUAUCACAGUAAAUACCCGUGGAUCUGCAACAUUUAACAUCGUAAACAUAAAUCAGAAUCGGGGCAACAAUAUAUUCGCUCAGGUCAUUUCAAAAACAGAACUUGACAGAGACGGAUACGGAAUACCAGGUGUAGGUACGUGUACCCUGAAGUUCGUUGUCAUUGACUUGAGAGGGAAUACGAUUAAUUUGGAGACAAAACUAUACCUACGAGACGUUAAUGAUAACACACCGCGAUUAGAAAACCGACCGUACCAGUGGAUUAUAAAUGAACACUCUCAGAAAGGAAAUGAAACCUUUACCAAUGUUAAAGCGACCGACUUAGAUGACGGAUUUAAUGGUAAUUUGGGAAUAAGGUUUAAAAUGGAGCCGUUAGCAAAGUCUGCAAAACUUGCUUCGGAGUACGCAGCGACGUUCAACAUGGAUCCUCUUACAGGUGUGAUAACACUGCAUCGUAUGUUAGACUAUGAAAACCAUAGCGUUUACCACUUUAACAUUACAGCUACGGAUGAAAAAGGCAAAGGAAGAACGAGUGACAGUACUAUUCUCACCAUUACAGUAGACGACGUUCAAGAUACCCCUCCAAUUUUCACAAGCGGUUCAUACAAAGCAUUUGUACGUAAUGAUGCUGAAGUUAAUACCCAGGUUAUUACAGUACAUGCUAUAGAUGGGGACACUGGAUAUAGGCCUAUGAAUGCAAUGGGAUAUUACAUCUCACCAGGCCGAUGCUCAGAACUCUUCAGCAUUAACGAUCAGGGCGAAGUCAACACAAGACUUCGUAUAGACACAAAUACCGACGACUUUGAUCCAGCAUGUGAACUCACCGUUGUGGCACAGGAAGUUGAUGCUGAUCAAAGUCAACAGUACGGACCAAUAAAGACGGAAGCAACAGUGUAUGUUGUUUUGGGAACCAAAGAAACCCACAGUGAGUUUGAAAGAAGAUGCAGCAGCGGCGGUUCAAACCUCAGCAUAGUCAUCAGUGUACAAAUAGUUGGAACAUUGUUGGUUACACUGCUUCUUGGCAUUUAAACAUUCAGUUAAAAAAAGUUAAUAUUAUAAUGUGCUUUAAGACUUAUAUUCUGUCAAGCUUAUAAAAAAUAAUCUUAAUUUCGAUAUAGUGAAAUUUCCAAUUCUGAUUGUAAUAAUAGUUAUUUUGAUGAUAUUUUGCAUAUAUUGAUUGACACAAAUACGGGAUGCUUAAGUGGUGACACCGGCAAUAUACAGGUGAAGAAUGAAAACACAAACCAGCAAUGUUAAUUUCAUUACUUACAAUUAUUUACAUUUUUUUCUAAUUAUUUUUCAACCAAAUUAUACAAACAUUCGAAUCAUAAUUAAAUCAUUACAUAAAGAAUGAUUACAUAUUUAGAAAUUUCAAUUGAAUGUUAAUAAUUAUAUUUGUAUCCAAUAAAUGAUUUUGCUAGCAGAA